AAUUUAAUCUAUUCCGAAAGAAAAUCUUGGCGCUAGAUUAUGAUGUGGGGUCGGGAGGUGGUGUUCAUUUGUUUUGAAGCUGUCUAACUGACGUGACGUAGUAAAUUAAUAAAUUGCUGACAUUUGUUUUCAGAAUUAAGUUGAUUUGUUAAACAUGAACAUUGGCCUUGCAAAUCCGCAUGAAAAUGGCCUGUUGUAUGCAGGUUUCAAUCAGGACCAAGGGUGUUUUGCAUGUGGAAUGGAGAAUGGGUUUCGAGUAUAUAAUUGCGAUCCAUUAAAGGAGAAAGAAAAGCAGGAUUUUUCUGAUGGCGGAAUAGGUUAUAUAGAAAUGCUUUUUCGAUGUAAUUAUCUGGCCCUGGUAGGAGGUGGAAAGCAACCACGUUACUCCCCUAAUAAAGUCUACAUCUUUUUAUUGUUAAAGUUAAACAUUAUACUGAUUAUUGUUAUUAUAUAUUGAUUAUAGUUAUUAUUUUGAUCUGUUACUAGAAUUGUAGCAGUUUUGGAAACAGUCAUCAAAGUCUAUACUUUCACCCAAAACCCUCAGCAAGUACAUGUGUUUGAAACAUGUGUAAACCCGAAAGGUCUCUGUGUAUUAUGUCCCAAUAGCAACAAUUCUAUUCUUGCAUUCCCUGGAAGAAAGACUGGACAUGUCCAAAUUGUUGACUUAGCAAACACAGAAAAGUCACCUCUCGACAUUCCAGCCCACGAGGCAGCUCUAAGCUGCAUAGCUCUUAACCUUUCAGGCUCAAAAUUAGCCACAGCAUCAGAAAAAGGUACACUCAUUAGAGUGUUUGACACAAUUACAGGAAAUCUUCUUAAUGAGCUAAGAAGAGGAGCAAACAAUGCCAAUAUUUACUGCAUCAACUUCAACCAUGUCUCAUCCCUUCUCUGUGUGUCUAGUGAUCACGGAACAGUGCACAUAUUUGCUCUAGAAGAUUCCAAAAAGAAUAAGCAGUCUAGCUUAGCAUCAGCAACGUUUCUUCCCAAAUACUUUUCAUCCAACUGGAGUUUUUCCCGUUUCCAAAUACCCAGUGGUGCACAUUGCAUUUGUGCCUUUGGUGCUGAUCCUAAUUCUGUGAUUGCAAUCUGUGCAGAUGGUAGUUACUAUAAGUUCGUCUUCAACUACAAGGGUGAUUGCAGUCGAGAUGUGUACACUCAGUUUCUAGAGAUGACGGACGAUAAGGAUGAGAAGUCGUAAUAAAG